AUGCCCCGUCCUCACAAUCUCGACAUAGACUGUGCUGGUAUUUCUGCUCUAAGCCAUCAUUCAACAUCACCAUCUGGCCGUCUCCAGCGCAUUGAGACCCAGCUGGCAUUUGCCCGUCUAGCUCUAGAUCAUCUGGUUGCUUGGCGCAGAGCGCAUGGAUCAGCUCGCCUCAGUUCAUUGUCUGCUGAGAUCGGUGUCAAAAUGUCUGAUUUUCAAGAUACCUUUGUUCCAAACGAUCACUCCUCUUCACGUUGGGCUUCUGGACUGUCUGAGAGUCGGCUCAGCUGUUAUUUGUUGGCUCCCUGUCUCUGGACCGGUUGGUACGCCCUCCAUACCAGAAGUUCCCGGCUUUUUCGUUGGCUUUCUGUUUACCCGAUUCCACAAUUUUCAAGCAUCGAGCAUGGGACCUCUCCUUUUCGAGCAUCUUCUGACCAGCUUCAUGUUUACCCCAAAUCGUGCUAUCCUGAACUUCCAACUAAUGGCAACUCCAGGAUUCCUUUUGUUGAGCCCGUUGAUUGCAAUUAUAUUGCCGAUCUAGCGCUUGCUGACUGUCCGAACGAAGCUUUUAAUUAUCAGCUGGCUCCAAUUCAUCCGCAACUGGCACUCUGCGUUGUGCGAACUCUUAAUGGGCUCUGUGACCUCAUUUCCAGGCUACAGGGCGUGAUUCUCAUUAUGGAAGCCCAUCUGCUGCCUGAGAGUGCCUCCACUUGGUUGGAUAAAAUCGGCAUGGAUGUCUAUUCGUUCCUCUCCUUACCUCACACCGACAUUGGUGAUCAGAUCAAACUCAAAUCUGUACACUCGGAGCCAGUUUUUCCUGUCAUCUCAAUCGCCAGUGUUCCUGAAACUGUCAAAUCCUCUUCGCGUCAUGUAUCCCUCUCACCCGACUGGAAGUGGCUAAAACUCAAAGCUAGAGACACUCAGUCUCCGCCUUCAGGGCAAAAUUGUGCAAAGCACAACUCGGGAACUCCAGCCGGUUUGGGCUUUCUGACAUCUACAAGUCCAUUUGCGUGUACGCCUGGCUGCAAUUUGCUAAACCGCCGGCGGCAAGAAUUUUGCCCGAUGCCGACAGCUGUUGGAGAACGUGUUCACACCAUUUCGCCAUGCCCAACUGUGGCAUUGCCUGCUUCAGCAACUUCAUCUAUCCCUUCAUCACGACAGCAACUCUGUCUUGAGGUUCUGCAAAAAGCCUACUCACUCCUCUUCGGUCUUCAUAGAUCUGUUAUGAGGCUGACAGCCAGUUCUCCAAAUCAUUUAGACUUUUGCCUAGCGCCCACUUUGACCUCAGCGUCACAGACCGAUAGGAAGCUUACAUGG